UUUGCCUGUGACACUGAGUGGAGAAUGAAUGGUCAUGUAAAGAGCAUGCGUUUUCAACAGUUUAUGGAACCAGCAACAACGUUACUCUCUCUCCUGCUGGUAAUGGCUGUUGAUUCAACAAGAACUGUGGCAGCAAGCAGAAACCAGCAGUGUGGGAAUUCUCUGCAGCAGACUCUGAAGCUCACCAGACUCAUACAGAAGGAAUCCGUCGACCUAAUCAAAACAUAUAAAGCCUCUCAGGGUGAAAGUUCAGAGCUCUUCUGCAAGGUGUCCGUCCCUGAGGUCCCUGACCCCAACAUCUCUGGCAUGGAGCCCUCAGAGAGGAUAGUGAGCAUCUACACACAUCUGCAAGACUUCUUCCCGCAUUUCAAACGGGUUUAUGAGCAGCAGAUGGACUUACAGUCACCCACGAGCCCCCUGCUGACACAGCUCAACCGUGUGAGUUCUCGCAGCAGGAGCUUGGCUGCUCUCAUAAACAGCUUCUAUCAGAGCCUCUUCCCAAACCUGCCUGUGCCAGAGCCAGCGGGACGGCCGACAACACUACCUCCACCUCAGAACGUCUUCCAGCAGAAAGUUUAUGGAUGUGUGGUGCUGAAGACCUACAAGGAGCUAGUGUCGAAUGUUUCUCGAGAGCUGAGGACUCUGAAAAACAAAGUGUGCAGGAGGGGGAUGCAGAAGAACACAUUCUCUUGAGGAUGACCUGAGGCUGUGUUCAACAACAUUUAUUCUCACUGGGUUAAUAGACUUUCAAAGUGAGUAUUAAGGUGGCUGGUACAUCAGAGUAAUAAAGCCUAUUUAUGGUAUUUAAUAUUUAUUUUCUUGUUUCUGAUGAAAGGAAUGGUGUUAAAAGAGUGUAAAGGUAGCAAGUUAUGUAUAUUUAAUUUGUCUAAUAUGUUAAAAAAGGGUCCACUUUGCUGAUGUAAACUUAUUUGCUGUAUACAGAAUUAUUAAAAGAUAUUUUG